AUGGGUAAACAAUUGUUAGUACCUAUAUCCAUCUUGGCUUUGGCUUAUUCACUAAUUAUUGUCAAUGCUUCCGAUCCAUCCCCUCUUCAAGACUUUUGUGUUGCCACUGAUGAUCCAAAAGAUGCUGCUGUGUUUGUAAAUGGCUGCAAGAACCCUAAUCUCGUUAAUGCUGAUGACUUCUUCUUCACGGGACUUAACAAACCUGGAAACACCUUCAAUCCUCUUGGAUCAGAGGUUACUGCGGUAUCUGUGAUAAAGCUAAAAGGUCUUAAUACACUUGGAAUAUCCUUGGCGCGUAUUGACUUUGCACCAUAUGGGUUGAAUCCGCCGCACAUUCAUCCUCGUGGAACAGAGGUCCUCUUAGUUCUAGAGGGGAGUCUUUUGGUGGGAUUUGUGACGUCUAACAUUCCGAACCAAAAGAAUCGAUUAUUCACAAAAACAUUAUACGCCGGUGACGUUUUUGUAUUUCCAGAAGGCCUCGUUCAUUUCCAGCAGAACAUAGCUGAAACAAACACAAUUGCUUUUGCGGGCUUGAGUAAUCAAAAUCCAGGAACAAUCACGAUUGCAAAUGCGGUGUUUGGUUCAGACCCCAAAAUAUCUCCCCAUGUACUCACUAAGGCUUUUCAAGUUGACAAGGAUGUGACCGAUUAUCUUCAAUCACAAUUCUGGUGGGACAACAACUAUUAA